AUAUAUAUAUAUACAUACUUGUAAGAAAAUACAUUAAAAUAAUUAAGCGUGUCUCUUUGAGAUCAUUCAAAGCGAGAGAGAUAUGACCACUGAAACUGCCGUUGUCGCUCCCGUUCUCACCAGCGCCCCUGUGAGUCCUGUCGUUGUCACGAGCCCGGUUCUCACAAGCCCGACGACUGAUCAACAUCCCAAGAAGAACCGAAUUCAAGUUUCAAACACAAAAAAACCUCUUUUCUUUUAUGUCAAUCUUGCUAAGAGGUACAUUCAACAACAUGAUGAAGUUGAGCUCUCUGCCUUGGGCAUGGCAAUUACAACAGUUGUUACAGUAGCUGAGAUACUAAAAAACAAUGGUCUUGCUAUUGAGAAAAAGGUCGUUACUUCCACCAUCGGCAUGAAGGAUGAAACAAGGGGCCGGCUAAUUCAAAAGGCUAGGAUCGAGAUUGUACUGGGGAAGACCGAGAAGUAUGCGUCUAUGGCGACUCCACCCAGCGCUCAAGCACGCGAGAAGGAAGCAGCUGCUAACAAGGAAGAAAAAAAACAGUAG